UUAUAAUCACAGUAGGCCAUAGACCAAUAUUUCAUAGAACUCCAACGGAAAAUAUCAUUACUAAAAAAUUAUCCAGUUGAUCAGAACCUUUUUUUCUAGAAAGUCUCUUGCGAAAAAUAGGAUAUGUCCCGACUGUCUCCUCGAAUCAUGAAGGAGACACAGCGUCUUCUGACGGAUCCCAUUCCGGGGAUUAGUGCCAUCCCGGAUGAGAAUAAUGCCCGUUACUUCCACGUUCUCAUCUCUGGGCCCCAUGACUCGCCCUUCGAAGGUGGAAUUUUCAAGCUGGAGCUGUUUCUACCGGGCGAUUAUCCCAUGAAGGCGCCGAUGGUUCGGUUCCUGACGAAAAUCUAUCAUCCCAAUAUCGAUAGAUUGGGUCGAAUCUGCUUGGACGUGCUAAAGGACAAAUGGAGUCCGGCCCUUCAGAUUCGCACCAUUCUCCUUUCGAUCCAGGCCCUGCUAAGUGCCCCCAAUCCGGACGAUCCACUGGUCAACGAUGUGGCAGACUUAUGGAAGGUCAAUCAGAAGAGGGCCAUUCAGAUUGCCCGGGAGUGGACCUUGAGAUAUGCCGUGAAAAACUGAUUUCCCUUGGGAAAAACAAAAAAAUGUACAAAUAAUUCUGUAUUUUUUGGAUCACAAAGAAGGAAUUAAAUUGUGGAAAACCAUUGCCCUUUCUGUA